AUGCAGACGAUGGACACUGGGCUGACUCGGGAUUUUCCCUUUUCUCCCAAACAGAAGACCACCGCUCGCGUCACCAAGCCCCGCGUCAGCCGCACCAAGGGACACCUCAGCAAGCGAACUGCGUUCGUCCGCGACAUCGUCAAGGAGGUCGCCGGACUCGCACCGUAUGAGCGCCGCGUUAUCGAGCUUCUUAGAAAUUCCAAGGACAAGCGGGCGCGCAAGCUCGCCAAGAAGAGACUCGGUACCUUCCAGCGUGGCAAGAGAAAGGUCGACGAACUCCAGAGAGUCAUCGCCGAGUCCCGCCGUACCGGACACUAA